CCUCCUUCUCUCCAGGCUAAAAACCCCCAGCUCCCUCCCUCAAUUGCACUUGUGCUCCAGACCCUUCCCCAGCUGUGUUGUCCCUCUCUGGACAUCUCAGAUGGACAUUUGUCUCCAAGAGGGGGCUGACUCCACAUUUUAAACUCUUCAUUGUAGAUUGUUUUGCAGGGUAUGCAUAGCUGGCCUGCUUGACCUGGCUCUUACACAGGGCUCUUAGUAAACUCUUGCAAGAACAACCCGGGCUCCUCAAAAACUUUAUGCUGGUGCUUUUUCUCCCCACUACCCCCAUGGAAAAGCUGCCUGCUCAUGAAAUUUCAUCCUUGAAGCUGUAAAACUCCCCUCUGCAUGUGCUGUGCCAAGACCUGCAGCCAGCUUAGAAGGCUGCAAUGUAUUUGUAACUUCGUGUUUGCUGUGGGCUGAGCUGCUAAGACUUCCUGCAGGCCUGGAAAUUCAAGCACACAAGUAAAAGAGGACCCUGGAGGAUUUCCUGAGCCUGUGCUCAUUGCCCAAGCAAGGAAGCUGUUCCAGAUGGUUGUAUCCUGCACAGCUCUCCUGAGAUCUCAUCAUCUGGCAGGAGUCUGGGCUAGUGCUGCUACAAGGGCAGUGUGACAGCUCUGUCUUGGGGAGGAGGUGUGGAGAAAGGAGACUUUCAUGAAGAUGAGCAGACUCUUCCCUCAAGCUUUCAUUGUGAAAGGGGCUUUUCCCUAGCUGGCACUGAGGUUAAUUCAGUCAGGAUGAGCUAGAGGUGAGUGUUCCUCUUCCGGACUCUCAGCAGGGCUCUUGGCUUCCUAAAUGUUUGCGUUAUGAUUUGUCUGAACCCUGCUGUGAAACACUGACACAAGAAUGACAGAGGUUGUGGUUGGCUUUCCUCGAGGGCUGGAGCAGAGGCUCACCACCGCCCUGCCAGUCCCCUCCUGCCUGUGCAGUGCUCUCCUUGCUCUCCUGCCUCUGUUGGGUUUGUAUCCCGGUAACAUCGCUCCUGCUGAGGUGCAGAGAACUCCCUGUGGCCCCUGGAGUUCUGGGAAGCAUGAACAAAACUCAUCCCCAGAGAAACGGUGAUGUAGCUACUUUUGGUUCAACACAGUCCUUCUCUGGAGAAAGAGGCCACUGCCAUCCACGUGGUGCCUGCACUGGCUGCACACAGAGACACCUCUGCAUCUCUGCCGUGGCACUGCUCGUCCUUGUGGCUGCCCUGGCCUUGGGAGUGGCGCUGGCACUCCUGCCACGGGCACCAGUGAACCGCUUCUGCACAGCCCCCAAUAACCGGACAGGCUUCUUGUGUGAUGACAGAGUGACCUGUGUCCCAGCCAGCUGGGUCUGUGACAGGGUCAGCAACUGCAGGAACGGAGAGGAUGAGCAGGAGCAGCUCUGUGGUGACUUGCCCCACAGCCUCCCAGAAUACCUGGUUUUCCACUGCAGUAACCCCAGAUCCUGGGUCUAUGCUGACCAGAGGUGUAACGGGAUGAACGACUGCGGGGACUGCUCUGACGAGACAGGGAGCUUGGCCGCCUGCCCGCCGUGCGGGUGGGAGUGGUGGAGCUGCAGCCCUGUGCACUACGACUUCUGCUCCUGCAUCCCCAGGAGGCUGUGCCGGGAUGGCAUCCAGCACUGCCUGGGCUGGUCCGACGAGUUCAUCUGCACACCCUGAAUCCUGGCACCUACCCUGCUGGGGACAGCACGGUGCUUCCCACACGUCGCCCUGGAGCCUUGGGGUCCUGCCCUGCUGCCUGCUUGGGAAGCUCCAGCCCAAGCAAAUCCUCCCCAGCAGUGCAGUGACACCGACCAGGGACCAAGGACCAAGGGCGCGUGGCAGCCCUUGGCUGGACACCAUCUGUGGGACAGCUCCCAGGAGUCUGCUGCCGUGUGAAGGUGAGCACUUCCUGCAUGGGCAGCACUGACUCGAUGCUGUGCUGUGCUGGAGAUGCUUCACCAGCCACUGCUGGCACAGCCCUGGGCCGGGGUUUCUCCUCUAUGAACGUGCUGGGGCCUCUGCAGGCAGCCAUGUGAGGGACACUGAGAACUGCCCCAAGGAGCAGAGCUGAGUGAGGUGAGCCUCCAACACAUCUUCACAGUCCUGAUCUUCACUGGCAGGAGGAGAAGCUUCUAUUUGUGUUCAAAACACAUCUGCAGGUGGUUUCAGCAGUGACUUUGAGGGCUCUGUGUUGAUGCUCCUGGGAUGCUUCCUUGGGAGUGCUGUGCUGGGGGUGACACCGUGGGGAGCUGCUGCUCAGACCACCUCCUGCUCUCUUCUCAAACCAUAAAGGACUACACAGAGAGUGUAAUGGCAAGGAAAACUGGAGAAGUUUCAGGGUUUUGGGGACAGAGUAGCUGUCCCUGACAGCCAGGGUAGGGAACCAGCAAGUAAAUAACCUGCAGGGCAGUGCAGUUUUGCAGCAGCAGGUUGAGAACAGCCAUGGAGCUGGGAUAGGUUUCACUGAAGUUGGCAAAGAAAGGAGGAAAAAGAAGUUGCAGCCUCAGAGCAGAGAGCAGCAGAAAAUCAAGUGCUGCUCCCAGGGCGGUGUGGGAUGACACUGGAUCCGUUUGCUGCUUGUUUUGUUCCUCUGCCAGCAAGGCAGGAUCAGGCAGCCAAGCCUUCAAAGCAGUCCUCAGGAUACAGGUAUGGACAUGACACUGAAAUUUAAGAAAGAUGAAGUUUUCUCUGCUCCUUUGAAAAUCUCAUCUGUAUCUAAAACAUUGUCUCUGAGGAAAACCCCACAUUUACAGUGAAUACUUUUACUUUUCUAGGCCCAAAAUAAACAUGAGGUGAUCUUUUUCCCAUUGCCACCCCAGGUCAUAGAUAUUUAAAAAUAAACCCCUGUUCACUCA